AGCUGGGAGGGGUGAGUGUCUCAUGUACACUCAGAGUACACUCACACAUUCUCAUUUAAUCAAUGUGUGUCAAUGGAAGCAAAGUCAUAUGAUGAGGCGUUACACUCAAAACACCUUAUUCUAAUUAGGACCUCUGGGCAAUACCCGGAACAGCAUGCUGCGUAACUGCGCGCUCUCGCGCUCCCUGCUCGGCGUGACUCGACUACUGGACGGAUGAUUCGGACUGUGAACCGAACCGAACCGAUCAGAACUAUGGUCCUCUUGGAUCCCUAAAGCCUCAUAGAGACGACAUAGCGAAAGAUUGAUUCUAUGGGAUUUUGUUCUUAACCAGUUUCUGUUGAUCGUCUGUUGGAGAGCGAAACUGUUGCGCAAUGGAGUUGACAUGGUGGAGAUUUCAACUGCUCCUAUUGGCCAGCGCCUGUGUGUGUUCACUGGAGCGAGUCGAACACCAUCCAGAGAACAACGUCAUCUGUCCUCAGUCUCUUUCAAACUGCAGUUUGAGACAUAUAGAGCCUCUCGGAGCACAUGAUGUGGACUGUGGUCGUACGUAUGUGUGUCGUCUGGAAGUGACGCCGAAAUUGUGCUGUCACGGGAAGGACUGUAAACCGUGCUUGUGGAGCAACAUACUUUUGAGUAUUAUUCCAGAUCCAGUGGAAGAGGAGGACAGCGAUAUAGAGGGAUCAGAAUAUGAAGAUGAGAACAGUGGAGAACGGGAUUUAAGGUGUGUUUCAAUGGCAAACAACACAUCAGAAGAUCAAAAAAAGGAACACUUUCUCUGUGAAGAGCUACAGCAAGUUGUUACUACGAUAUGCUACACAUCAGAUGUAAGGCAGCAAAAGCGCUGCAGGAGAUUAGACUUCACGAUGACUUCUGCUGCAAGCCACGAACCUCUCAAUCUGAUUCUGGUGGAGUAUGAAGAUGUUGACUUUGGCAGAAAAAUGGCGAUCACAGUUAGAUCGCCCUCUCAGUUAUCUGAAGUUGACAUCCCUACAUUAAAACAAGUGUGUUCUUUACCACACCUUAAAGACAUAAAGCAGUGUAAAGGUCCGAGAAUCUCCAUUAAGAGACAGGAGGGUGUGGUUAAGAUUCUGGUAGCCAAUGAGGAUAAAGGAUCUUCUGAACCCCCGUCUCUGUGUAUGAAACGUGGAAGAGAAGGAAGAUGCUGGGCAUUGGCAAAUAACAGCAUUCCACUGGAGUCAAUCACGGACUGCAUGUGUUUCCAGGCUUGGACAGAAGAUUCACCUCGUUCAGAGUACUGUCCCUUUGAAAACAAUAAAACAGAAUUUAAUGCCAAUGUCCGGAGAAACAUGUCGGUGUCUGUGGCCUACAUCAAGACAAAUAAUGGUCAGCCGGCGAUGAGCUGGAAUUUAACGGUACCCUGCAGGAUAAGUGCUGAACUGUGGCCAUGUCAGCUUGAGGCAGAUGGACAAUGCAGAGAAAUUAAAGGAUUCAAACAGCACCGGAAUGACUGGGAAGAAAACAGCACAAAACUAUGGGCAUCCGGGAAAUUUGAGGAUAUCACGUCUCAGGAUCACCAGCAGCUCUGUGUGAAGCUUAAAGUGGAUGGAAAGAUUGUGCUGUACUGUCAACAUCCCUUGGAACGACAGCACUGGAGCCGCCUUGUUCUUCUACCGGUCAUCCUUAUUUGUCUGACUAUUUUUGGAGUACUUCUUCUGGUGAACAAACUGAAAUGGUCUCGUAGCAAAUGGGACAGAUGUCAUUCUCAAGAUAUGAAGGGACAGGUGUUGUUGCUCCAUUCCUCAGCCACCGACCCACAGUUGGUGUGUAAGCUGGGCCUGUUGCUUUCUGAGCUGGGUUACAGAGUAUUUCUCGACCUGUGGAACCAAACAGAACUCGGUUCUCUCGGCCCGGCAGCGUGGCUCCACUCCAAGCUCGAUCACAUCCAGAAACACGGAGGCAAAGCCCUUCUUUUGCUUUCUCCAUCAACACUACAGAGAGCCGAGUGCUUCUGGAACAUUGCAGUGGAAAGACAAGGCAAUCCUGCCACAUACUGCUCAGAUACGCUGGCUUCGGCCCUGACCUGCAUUUUCGCUGACCGCCAGAAGGGCGGCGCUGCUCAGCGGUUCAUCCUUGUGCAGUUAGACUGUCAUGAAGUUCUCAUUAAAGAGGAGCUGCCAGUGCUGCUCAGGGGCCUGCCGCUCUAUAAACUGCCCUCGCAGUCUCAGGGAUUACUUAUGGAGCUGUGUUCGGAGAACCCAAAUAACGUGUGCGGGAAGUUGAAGAAGAUGUGGUGGAUAAAAAGGGCACGGAGGAAGCUGGCCAAAGAAGUGCAGAACAUUUCUAUUUCGAGGGUUAGGACUGAAACUAUGCUCACUCAAAGUGAUUCACUCAGCCUAGACACGGAAGACACAGAGGAAAGAGUUUUUCUUGAAAAUGAACAGUGCUGACAUGUUAUUUACUCUCUCAUCACAGCAGAACAUUGUUUAAAAUACACAAUCUGUUACUAUGGACUGACAAGUAACAGAUGGUACCAUGGUAAUACCAUGUCAAUUAAAACAUGCAUUGUCAUGUUUUUCUGUGUAUAUAUGGAAAUACUAAAAAUUUUUAGACCUGUGCCAUAGGAGUACAGUCACAUCGUGAAGUACCUUGGAGUACUAUGUAAAUAUGAUAUGGCAUAGAUAUUAUAUUUGGAAUACCUGGUUAUAACCUCAGGGGAUGCUAAAGAAGGAAGUCUGCAUGUCCAAGUACAAAUGAGGAAAUUUCAAAGUACAGAGACUACAGGAAGUAAAUGAAGACAUUGAAUACGUUGCAAACUCCAAGAGAUCACUGCUACAUAUUCAUACUGUACAUAUAGAAAUAUAUAUGUAUAUACAGUACUCGGAUCAUUCCAAAUAUGAAAAUAUAUUACUUCUAAUUUAUCCUUUUUAUCUCAGCUCUAACUUGGUGUUUGUAAAUAGGCCUAAUUCACUGACUUUCGGCUAAUAUAUAUAGGCUACAUAAAUUUCAUAUGUAAACAAGGCCUAUUUUUUUUAAUUGAACGUUUGUAAUGUAAUGUAUUUGAAAUGCUCUGGUUGUACUCAAAUAUGCAUUUUUUUUUUUUUUUUUUUACACUUUUAGUGUUCUGUCAUGGGCUGACAUGAGUGGAACAGAAUAAAUUAAAAACUAAAUAGUCUUA